AUGAACACUGUGUUGGACCCUGCAUCAUUGACAAAUCAUAAUGAUAUACUGGAAAUGCCUUCUUCAGAUUGGUAUACUACAAAUGCACAUCCAAAUUUAAAUCCCAACUCAAAUUCUAAUUCCAACUCUAAUUCUAACUCCAACUCCAACUCCAACUCAUCACUCUCACUUGCUUCCCCUAUCACUCAAAAUGGCCCUACAGAUUUACCCCAGCAACACUCUGUCUCUACCUUUCCCUCAUCUCUGAUUGCUCCUCCUCCACCAUCCACAUUCUCCCGAAGAGUACGUUCAAGAACAACAUCAUCCACAAACUCCUUAAAUUCAUUCCUCACCGAACACAAGUUUGAUCCGCAACAGAGCCACAUUCGUCAGCUGCGAAUCAUCUCGGCCAUCUCCUUAGAUGCAUCAUCUAUCCAAGCAUCUUCUACUUCCACUGCCACGGAUCUUACUGCUGCUGCUGCCUACGAUGGGAACCCGAAACGUCCCUUCUACUUACACUACGGCAGUUUGCUAAAGUCGUUCCCACCGGAAUUGUCUGCCGUGGUGACUCUUAUCAAUGCACAAAGUUUGCGCACGUACAUCACUGGUUUUGUGCUGGUUCAAAUCAACCAGUCGGAAAGAUUUGAGGCCACAGUUAAGUUGGUUGGUACAGAUUUGACAGUUGUUGGUUCUUCAACAGAUGAACAAUCCAUCAAAUGGUUCAGUAUCACAGAUUGUACCGUCAGAUUAAACCGUGAAAGGACUCUGGUAGAAAUCAUUUCUCAUAGUCUGUUGGGUACCACCAUCGAAGUUUACUGUCCUAAUCUCGACGAAGCCUUAAAAUGGGUCCUGGCUCUUCAAUUGAGUCGAUACGAAUACGUGAGGUUAAUGCAAUCAUAUUCUGCUGUGUUGCUUUCUGCAAGAGGAUCUAAACUUUCCGAUAUCCAUGUCUUAUUGAGCAACAAAGUCCGUCCUCAUUUCGAUUGGCAUAACAUUCGAUUCCCCCACUUAUCAGAUCAGUGGUUAAAAUGUUUUGUGUGUAUCAUACCCAGUGACCUGAGGAAACAGAAAUCUGGAUCCAUCGAGAUCUACUCCUCAGAUAAGAUGUCCAAGAAAUCUUUAAUUGCAUACAUUCCUAAGGUCGAAAUGGUGUAUUCCAUUUUCCCAGGGUCUCCAGAAAUGAUUGAUUAUAAUUCACUCAUGAAAAUACAAGGUGAAAUAUACUUAAACACUUCGUUUGAAACUUCUUUACAAGCCCAAGCUGAUGAUUCCUAUUUGAAUAGUCCUCAUCUGCCCACCCAACAAGGGUUUUCGUUAAGACAUUUGUCCCCAUUUAACGGUAGACUGAGAAGUAAUUCCAAUGCUUCAGGUAAAAAUAUCCCACUGCAACUUUCAUCCACAUCUACUCCAGUUGCUUUUUCAUCGUCACCAUCAAUUAGGAAACCUAAGUUAUCUCAAUUGGAGAUUCCAAAGUCUCCAAUUUCAGCUGGUGUACCACCAACUUCUCCCGUGAAGAAGGGCGAUGGUUGGGUACUGGGGUUCGUUAUCAAGAAUCCUGAUCAGUUCCAGGUUUGCAACUUUCUUUAUAUGAUUCCAGUUACACAUCCUGGUGUUGACGGGUUGGAAACCAUGCUUCGGAAUUUUAUUCCUAUCACUAAUGUGUUUCAUUUAUAUGGACGUCCUAAACUGUUUGUCAGUAAUAAGAAGGAUCCUCAAUCAUUGCUUUUUGGCUUACCUUCUUUACCUCAUUAUCAGUUUAUUUCUCUGGAAGAAGUAUUCAAGUUGGUUCAAGAUUGCUACAAUUUAUUACCAAUAGACACCAUCAACACUUGGAAUGAUGUCUAUUGGCAAGAUCAAAUUGAUCUGGUUUUGGUUAAACAUUAUACCAAUGAUAAGACCCCCUAUUCAGGAAAGGGCGAUAUCAAUCGAUUGUACUCUCGUUACAUGAGUCACUCAAAGACAAUAACAUCGUCAUCAUCUUCAAAUCGGAUGAUCCGUCAUUCAAGAGGAAGGUCUGUGGAUUCUGUAUCCAUAAAGGAAGAGGUGGAAAGUGCCAUUGACGAGUUUUCAUUCCGAAGCCCUCGAAUAUUUGAAGGUAGGGAUGAAGUUACCGUACAAGCUCUUAGCAGCAAUGAUCCUUUGCUUGAUUUAAGAACAUUUGGUACUUCUAAUUCACAACCUACUACUACUCUGGACAAAGCACAGGGUAUGCAUUCACUUGAAACUUCGAUAUUGGGUCCACCUAUUUCACUCAAGGAAUAA